UUCUGAAUUCCGAAACGAAAAAAACAAUCACCCCAUCUCUUUCCCCCUCUCUUUUUUCUCUCUCAAACAAACACUCUUCGUCGUGUUCUUGUUCCAGGGAGGAAAGAGGAGUGAGCGGUAAUCAAAUCGUAAAUAAAGAAGUUUUUUUAAUAGGGGAGUGAUGGGUGAGAAACGAUUCGCUGUUCUGCUGUGCGCGGAGGAUUCAGAAUACGUGAAGAAGAAAUACGGAGGGUAUUUUGGGGUUUUUGUGAAAAUGCUAGCGGCGGAAGGAGAGAAAUGGGAUGUUUAUCGAGUGGUGGAAGGUGAGUUUCCAGAAGAAGAAGAGAUUGGAUCGUAUGAUGGAUUUGUGAUCACCGGUAGCUGCAGUGAUGCUCAUUCCAAUGAUGUUUGGAUCUGCAGACUCAUUGCCUUGUUGAAGAAACUCGACUCUUUGAAGAAAAAAGUUCUCGGAAUUUGCUUUGGACACCAGGUACUUGGUCGUUCAUUGGGGGGGAAAACUGGUCGAGCCAACAAAGGAUGGGACAUCGGUGUUAGAACCAUUCAAUUAUCAUCAUCAUCAUCAUCAUCAUCGUCAUCAAAACUCUUCUCAUCAAUCAAAAUUCCAAUUGCCCUCUCCAUCAUCGAAUGCCAUCGCGAUGAGAUUAGGGAGCUCCCCGCGAAAGCAGAGGUGAUAGCAUGGUCCGAUAAGACCGGGAUUGAGAUGUUUAGGUAUGGAGAUCAUAUGAUGGGAAUUCAAGGGCAUCCUGAAUACACAAAAGACAUUUUGUUGCACUUGAUCGACCGCCUUCUCCAGCGUAACUUCAUCAUGGAGUCUUUUGCUGAAGAGGCCAAGGCAAAAUUGGAGGAACUUGAGCCAGAUAGUGAGGCGUGGAAGAAGUUAUGCAUCAGUUUUCUCAAGGGUAAAUUAUGAUGAAUUUUAGAAACAAAAUAAAAAAAUAAAAUUAGCAAUGAAUUGUAAAUAGGAACUGUUUUUUGUUUUUGUUUUUUUAAUCUAUGGAAGAAAGGGGAAAGUUAGAUGUGACAAGCCAAGCGAAACUAUGUACUAUGAUUUGGUUUUUGUUAUAUUGAAGUCGUUAAAUUUUGGUUA